GCCGCUGCGCUCCCCGGUGCGGCCACUAGAGGGCGCCGCAGUCACUGUUUUGAUAGACGUGUAGGAAGACGCUGGACGCCAUCGGUGCGGGAAUCUGCUCAGGUCUACAGGAGCCGGCUUGAAUUCAUAUAUUAGAACCAAAAUGACGACUGCACCAUAUAACUAUUCCUAUAUCUUCAAAUAUAUCAUUAUUGGUGAUAUGGGGGUUGGAAAGUCUUGUUUGCUCCACCAGUUUACAGAAAAGAAGUUCAUGGCGGACUGCCCUCACACGAUCGGGGUGGAGUUCGGCACGAGGAUAAUCGAGGUGAGCGGGCAGAAGGUGAAGCUGCAGAUUUGGGACACGGCGGGUCAGGAGCGAUUCCGCGCAGUCACUCGCAGCUACUACAGAGGAGCCGCCGGUGCUCUCAUGGUGUACGACAUCACCAGGCGAAGCACGUAUAACCACCUGAGCAGCUGGCUGACUGACGCAAGGAAUCUCACCAACCCGAAUACAGUGAUUAUUCUUAUCGGUAACAAAGCUGACCUCGAAGCCCAGCGAGACGUUACGUAUGAAGAGGCGAAGCAGUUCGCUGAAGAGAACGGCCUGUUGUUUCUGGAGGCAAGUGCCAAAACAGGUGAGAACGUUGAAGAUGCAUUCCUGGAGGCAGCUAAGAAGAUCUACCAGAACAUUCAGGACGGUAGUCUGGACCUGAACGCUGCCGAGUCAGGAGUCCAGCACAAGCCCAAUGCGCCGCAAGGCGGCCGACUCUCCAGCGACACACAGCCUCAGAAAGAGGGCUGCAGCUGUUAAUGACCAUGGAGACUUCUUUCUGUCUCACUCGUUCCAUAUCUCCCUCCAAACCCACACCACAGCCCCCCUCUCUCUCUCUUUCUCUCUCUCUAUGAUCUGUAUGCUCUUCCCAUUCUGAUUGGCCAUGAGAUUAGAGUUUGGGGCUGGGCAGCUCUGAAUGAUGGAGGGCAAGCAUUAGUCAGCUUCUGCCAUGUUCAUCCCCGUCCCUUCCUCCCUUCUUUUCUCCACUCUCACUCAUUUUAUCUGUUCAUAAUGCACACGUCCCAGUGCACUCGGCAAACAUUCACAGGAGGACGAAUCCUCCACUGAACACUAAUGUAGAUGGAAAAAAAAAAAUAGAGUUUAUCAACAAACGGGUUGAUGUGCAUAACUGUAAAUGAGACAUCUUGUGUACAGGAGCUGUUUAAAUAGUGGGAUAAUUUAAAUCAAAUGAAAUUUUGAUAUGCGUUAUUCUCGUUUAAGUGGAAAUGAAGUUAACGUUUAGGCAGAAUCUGAUUUUAGAAUGUGCUUAAGAGAAGAUGCAUGAUAACCUAUUAUUGUACAUUUUGUUAAAAAACAAAAACUCUGUUUUAAUUAGGAUUACUGCAAUGUCACAAGUAACCACAUGUUUAUCCUUGUUUGUACCUACUCAAGACAUAAUAAUAUACAAGAACUAUACAGGAUGAGUAUUGUUAAACAAAUGAAAGCGCCAUUGUAAAAAUUCUGGGUUUUUUUUUUUUUUUUUUUUUUUUUUUUUGGAGUGGGUGGGGGGAGGAGGGUGGGAUGAUAGGGACGUGGUUGCUUUAGAUACAAGAUGUUUUAAGACCUAGAACAUUAAGAGUAAUAUAUUAAACAGGACACACAUUUGAGUCUGUAAAAACAUUUUUUGCACUUUGUAGAUUGUUUUCAGUGGCCUAGCGCUUGUUUUAUCAUCUUAUUAGUCUUACAUCGAUCAACCUGCAAAGCGUCCAGUGUACUUUAGAGUUCAGCGUUUUUUGGUCCUUGACAUGUUCAACAUCCCCGAUUUCUUUUCAAAAUUAUUAAUGUAUGAAACAGACCAGCACUAUCUAACUCUGUCAAGGAAAUAAAGUAGUUAGUCAAAAAGUGUGAUUACACAACAUAUCACCGUAUCUUUUCAGUUCUAGUUUCUGUUGCCUUAUGAUUUGUGUUUGUUCUCAUGUCCUCUUUUCUGUAAAUCUUGUUUGGUCUGUAAAAUGCAUUAUGUAAACAAGUCACUUAAACUUAAUGCUAAAACAGGCACUAAUAUUAGGCUUGUCCAUCCCUUCAGAACCAUUCCUUUGCUGUGUGUGUAUAUAACUUUUUUCACUGAAUUUAAGACUUAUAAACUGGAUUUGUGGUGUAAUGAGCUGACUCUUGGUUCAGCAUUAGUUUAAACUAAUUGUAUUUUGACAAAAAGUGGAGUCAUCUCAGACUGAUCUUAAAGGCACCAGUUAAAUUUUUAACUGGACUCUUGUUAAGUAAAAAUACUGCCCUUAACUAAAGAAUGCAACACCAACCUGUUUCGCAUCACCAAUUUUACGAUGUUUCGUUGGCAAGCAUUUCAAGCAGAUGAAAGAAGGCAAAAGGAAGCGUUCCAAAAAUGUUUUUCUAAGAUCUGUAAUUCGAAGUGAGACUGGAAAGGAGUACGUGUGAAGUGAUUUGUAAACUAAAAUCCCUUUUUUUCUUUAUGGAAGCCCAUUCUCUUGCUUUUCUCCCUCAUGUCUCAUUGACCUUUAAAAAAAGCGUAUAUAACCUUCUGCUCUGAAACUCUGAGGUAUGUCUUCUAUCAGUGGCGUUUGUAAUUAUGUUAAUAAAGACAAUGCUGUAGACUGUC